AUGUUUACCACAUCGAUUAUUCGGUCAAAAGCGUAUCGUCUCGAACCGUUAAUACAUCCGCAAUAUCGCUUCAUACGACCAAUUAAAAUCUUUUCAUCGUGUGAUCUUAGAGCUAUGAAGGAUUAUGAUUCGUUAAUGCCUGAAAUUUUCAAAUCGUAUAUAAGAAAGAUGAAAGCUAAGGAGAAAAAUGAAAAAGAUCGAAUCAAUAAGGUUCAAAACGAUGAUAAAGAGCAAGAAGAUUUGGAUGAUGAAGAUGAAUGCGAUAGUGACGAGUCAUCCAUCAUUCGACCAACAAGCUCAUCUCCACGUAGUAUUACUCCUCCUCCACUCGAUCCGGGUGACCAACGUAAAAGCUGGUGGAAAUUUGGUGGAGCUAAAAAAGAUGGUUCAGAAUUAUUGAAAGAAAAUGAGGAAAUAAAAAUGAGUGAUACUCAGAAAAUAAUUGAAGAAAUUCCUCUUUCAAGUCGAUUGCAAUAUCGACUGGAUUAUCAAUUACAGCCUCAAAUUACGGAUAGAAGCUAUUGGUCGGUCUUGAAGAGUCAUUCUGCUUAUUGGGCUAAUCCAGAUAUAGCUUCAUUCAUUGUUAACAGAUUCCCAGACGAGUUUUGUUGGCAUAUCCAGAAUGUUCCGAAUAAAGAAAGGAGAUUAAUGAAGAUAAUGAAGAUUCGAAUAGCGAAUUUUAAUAAAACAGACUUGGAAGAAUCGAUAAGUGAAGCGAAUGCCAUUUUAUCCUAUCACAACUUUUUCGAAACUAAGAAUAAAAUAAAAACAUCGCUUAAACAUCUCUCUGGGAAGAAACUUCCAUUUUACAAGGAUCUUUAUAUAAAUUUUAAAAUUGUCUCAUUAAUGAUUUGA